AUGGAAUUUCCAUCGUUCUUAACCCCCUUUGAAUCAUUAAUUGAGUCAAAGGUGGAAGACUCUGUUGAAAGACUUUACUUCCUGGGUCAAUACACUACCGGAACGGCAAAGGAAGUAAUAAGCGGUUGCCUGCAGAGGAAAACCGACGAUGCGUACGAUGAAGCAAAGAAUCUCUUACAGCGACAAUUUGGCGAUCCCUUCAAAAUUGCUAGCGCGCACAUUAACAGGCUGUCAUCCUGGCCGCAGAUCAAGCCGAACGAAGGCCUCGCCCUUCAAGAUUUUGCGCUUGCCCUAGAACAAGCGAAAUCGGCCAUGAAGGGAAUGUCGCACAUGGACGAUCUCAACACUGCGCAAGUACUACGCCAAUCGUGGGAAAAGCUACCGCGUCAUCUGCGCAGCAAGUGGGCCGAAAGGAACAGUAAAACUAGAAGUAUGAAGGGAAGAAUGGCCGACUUUGAAGAAUUUACUCAAUUUGUGCGGGAGCAAGCAGAGUUAGCCACUGACCCAGUGUUCUCAGAGGAAGGUGUAACCAAGCUGCCUCUUGAAGACAAAGACAAACCCACUCGCCCGACGUUCGGAAGAAGACCUCCUAAGAGAGUAAAGGGUUCAAGUUUUGCGACGAAUCUGACGGAGAGAAACAACGAUCGACGUGACUUUGUGAAGGAAAAGGAACUGUGUUAUGGUUGCUUUAGCAACCAACAUGUCGCAAAGAAUUGUAAAGAUAGACUGUUAUGUAAAACGUGCAGCAAGAAGCACCCAACAUCUAUGCAUGAUGAUGACUGGACAAGUAAGACAAAGAACCAAAGCGAAAAGAGCCAACCUAAAGAAACCCCUCGAGUUAGUAACAAACGUAUGGAUGUCUGUAGCGUCACGGAAGCUGGAGAUAUACCCGUGAACCUGAGUGUGCUACCGGUAUGGUUGUCUCAUGAGAGCAAUCCAUCAAACAGAUUAAAGGUCUAUGCACUGCUGGACAAUGCCAGCGGUGGAACGUUUGUAAAGGAGCUGGCACAGAAGAUGGGCAUAGAAGGAAGCGAGACUGAACUUCUACUGACAACAUUACAAGGAACGGAAACCGAGUUAUCGAAGGCGAUUAACGGAUUAAUUGUGACUAACCUCAUGAAUGAAGACGUAAGCUUAGAAUUACCUAGAACUUUCACUAUGCAGGUCAUUCCAGCAGACCGCAGUGAAAUACCAAUACCUGAUAUAGUAGGCCAGAUCGAUCAUCUAAGAGAAGUGAGCAAGGAGAUUCCACCCUACAUGGAAGAAGUAGAGGUAGGACUCUUAAUUGGUUUAAACUGUCCAAGUGCGCUACGACCAAGAGACGUCGUUUACGGAAAGGAGACCGAACCAUAUGCUGUACGCUCACUACUGGGAUGGUACAUCAACGGGCCUAUCAAUUCUUCGAAGUGCAACAGUCUUCACUGUAACAGAAUUCUACUGGACAAGCAGAUGGCAUCUACGACCGCCAAAAGUUACGUUGUGGCACAGAGGACAAAAGGAACUGCUAUGUCACGCGAAGAUUGGAAGUUUUAUCAAACAGUUGAAGACUGGAUUGUUCAUCUUGAAGACUCGCACUACGAGAUGCCUCUUCCGCUGAAGGAUCGGAACAUUAAGCUACCAAACAACCGCGUACAAGCAGAGAAGCGUUUGGAGAGUCUGAAGAAGCGACUAAAGUCAGAUAACAAGUACCACACGGAUUACUGCAACUUCAUGUCCGAGAUCAUCUUUAAAGGCUACGCUCGCAAGGUCGACACUAAUCUUGAAACCAAAGAGGGAAAAUUCUGA